AUGUCUUUCGAUACCUCUGAUGAAGAAGAACAAGAUUCAGAUUGUUCCGAUUCGCAGGCUCAGGAACUAUCGUACAAACUGAAACCCUCAUAUUCACCGGUCGAACAAGAUUCCAAUGCAAAUGGUGCCAAAUCUAGAAACAAUAAUCAACUCCGUUGCAGACUUAAUCCAGGAUCCGAUGAACAUACUUUUGUUUUACAAAAAUUUCAAGAAACUAUGCAGCAAAACAACAGUUAUUCACAAAUAAUUGUUAUUGAACAAAUUCAUAAUGAAACAUGGUUAUUGCAGUAUGAAGUACAGCGUAAUGGAUUAUUUGAACAAUUAAAAAAAGAUACCGAGCAGUUUUUAUUCCAUGGAUGUGCAGAUAUUGCCGUUGAGAAUAUAAUCAAAAGAGGUUUUGAUCGAAAUCGUGCUGGUGAAGUCCACGGUAAAAGUUACGGUCGAGGCGUCUAUUUUUCACGCAGUGCACUCGAAAGUCAUGGAUAUACGAAAGCGAACCAAAGUGCUGAACGUCAUAUGUUUUUAACGCGUGUUCUUGUUGGAAAUACAAUGCAAGGAAAUAGUUCAGUAAAGUAUAUACCAGAUGGUUAUCAUACAACAUCCAAUGGAAAAGAUAUUUUUGUUACGUAUCACGAUUCACAAGCGUAUGCAGCUUAUUUGAUUGUUUAUAAGUGA